AUGGCAGCAUGGAAUCACACCAGUUUUGUGAAAGAAUUCUUCCUUGUGGGACUGACUGAAAUCCCAGAAUUGCAGGUCCCUCUCUUUCUGAUUUUCUUUGUCAUUUAUAUGGUCACUCUGGUAGGGAAUUGGGGGAUGAUCAUAAUUAUCUGGAUGAAUGUCCAACUUCACACCCCCAUGUACUUCUUCCUCAGUAACCUUUCCUUCUGUGACAUUUGUUACUCCACUGUUUUUGCUCCCAAGAUGCUGGUCAAUUUUCUAGUAGAGAACAAAACAAGUUCAUUUGCCAGUUGUGUUUUACAAAGUUUCUUUUUUGCUGUGUAUGUCACCACUGAGGGCAUCCUCCUAUCUAUGAUGGCAUAUGACCGUUAUGUAGCCAUUGCCAAUCCAUUGCUUUAUACAGUUAUUAUGACUCAAAGAGUGUGCAUUUUGAUGGUUCUUGGUUCCUACUUAGGAGAUUUAGUUAACUCACUGACCCACACAAUUGGUUUGCUUAGGUUGAAUUUCUGUGGCCCCAAUGUGGUAAAUCAUUACUUCUGUGACAUCCCCCCUCUUUUGAAGCUCUCUUGUUCUGAUGCACUCAUCAAUGAAAUGUUACUUUUAGUCUUCUCUGGAGUGAUCGCAAUGUUUACCUUCAUAAUCAUCAUGGUUUCCUACAUCCACAUCAUCAUAGCUAUCCUGAGCAUCAGAUCGGCUGCAGGAAGACGCAAAGCCUUCUCUACUUGUGCAUCCCACUUGACAGCUGUGAUGUUGUUCUAUGGCUCCGUGACCUUCAGUUACAUCCAACCAAGUUCUCAGUAUUCCAUGGAACAAGAGAAAAUAUCUGCUGUAUUUUAUACACUCAUAAUACCUAUGUUAAACCCUCUAAUUUAUAGCCUGAGAAACAAAGAGGUGAAGAAUGCUGCAAAGAGGUCAAUCAUCUGGAAAAGUCUGCAUAACUGA